AUGGCUCCACCAGAAUGGAGCCUCUUUCCCCCGGAGAAGCUUUGCAUGAACUUGCAGCCAGGACAGAGCAUCGGAGCAGGACUCUACAACAUGGGCAACACGUGCUUCCUCAACUCCGUGCUGCAGUGCCUGACGCACACCCCGCCUCUGGCCAACUACCUGCUGUCUCGGGAGCACGGCCAGUCCUGUCUUCAGCGAGGUUUCUGCAUGAUGUGCAGAAUGGAAGCCCAUGCUGACAUGGUCCUGCAUUCCUCAGGCAAGGUGCUGAAGCCUUUGGCUUUCAUCAAUGUCCUUUCAUUGAUAGGAGAACAAUUCCAGUGGGGCAGGCAGGAAGAUGCCCACGAGUUCUUACGCUCUGCUGUCGAUGCCAUGCAGAAAGUUUGUCUGAGAGGAAUCAGCCACUUGGACGCCGCCUCUGAAGAGACCACCAUCGUCCAUCAAAUAUUUGGAGGACAGAUGAGAUCCAGAGUCACGUGCUUGAGCUGCAAUGCAGUUUCUGAUUCCUACGAGGCCUUCCUGGAUGUCUCUCUGGAUAUAAAGGCAGCCUCAUCUGUCACCACAGCUCUGAAGCACUUUGUGAAACCAGAGCACCUGGAUGGUGAAAACUGCUUUCACUGUAGCAGGUGUGACAAGCUGGCUGCCGCCUCCAAGAGGCUCGCAGUGCAUCGUGCACCCAGGGUUCUCACAGUGUGCCUGAAACGCUUUGACGCCUUCACUGGCAGGAAGAUCUGCAAGGCUGUGGGGUACCCUGAGCGCUUGGAUCUUGGGCCCUACAUGUCUGAGACGCCUGCAGAGCCGCUCCGCUACACCUUAUACGCUGUCCUGGUGCACGCCGGUUCCACGUGUGACGUGGGACACUAUUUCUGCUACACAAAGGCCGGCAAUGGGCAGUGGUACAGGAUGGAUGAUGAGUCUGUGAAUCCUUGUGGCAUCAAUACAGUUCACAGGCAGCAAGCCUAUUUGCUGUUUUAUGUCAGGAGCAAAGGACAGGACCUUUUCACAGCUCUCUUUGCAGGACACGGCAGUGCACUCUGCACAGGGCAGCAGCUCCUCUGCAACAGCCAGCAGAAGCCAGCUAAGCCAGGCAGCUGCCCCAGUGGCACGUGCAGGCCGUCUGCACCUCACCUGGCCACGGACAUGCAGGAGCAGGAAAUGCCACUGCUCAGGCCCCCGACAACACGUUGA